GAAACUAACCUAAUUUUUAGUUGUCAAAUAAAAAUAUUUUUUUUAAAAAAUUCUGAUAAAUCUCUGAAAUAAAUUCAUUAUUAUAAUAUGUUGGAAACUGUAAAUCAUAUAAUACUUGUUUUAUCUGGAAAAGGAGGUGUAGGAAAAUCAACUGUAAGCACACAAUUAGCGCUAACACUGGUAGAAAAAGGAUAUAAGGUAGGACUUCUAGAUGUUGAUCUUUGUGGCCCCAGUAUUCCUUAUUUGUUACAAUUAGAAGGCAAUGAUGUCCAUCAAUCAGAUUCUGGGUGGGUGCCUGUUUAUACAGAUGAGAAACAGAAUUUAGCAGUAAUGUCAAUAGGUUUUUUGUUAAACAACAGAAACAAUGCAGUAGUAUGGAGAGGUCCAAAGAAAACUUCAAUGGUAAAACAGUUUCUGACAGAUGUAUGCUGGGGUAAACUGGAUUAUUUAAUUAUUGAUACUCCACCUGGUACUUCCGAUGAGCAUAUAACAGUUAUGGAGAAUUUAAAAAACAUAAAAUGUGAUGGUGCAAUUAUAGUUACUACUCCACAACAAGUUUCCAUUGAGGAUGUGAGAAAAGAGAUUACAUUUUGUAAGAAAACAGGCAUUCCAAUUCUUGGUUUAGUUGAAAAUAUGAGUGGAUUUGUAUGCCCAUCCUGCACAGAGUGUACUAAUAUAUUCAGUAAAGGUGGAGGAGAAGCAUUAGCCCAAUUAUCUAAUAUAACACUUUUGGGAUCUUUACCCAUUGAUCCAAGAGUUGGAGGACUUCUAGGAAAGGCUUGUGUAAAAGAAAUUCCUGAUUCACCAUCUGCAAAGGUAUUUAAUGAAAUAGCAAAUGCAAUAACUGUGGUAUAAAAAAUUAUAUAUUUAUAUUCCUUAAACAAUAUAGAUAUUGUAGUAUUUUAAUUAAAAAAAAAACGGUAACAAA